AGAGAGAGAUGGAGGCAUAGUCAGUUUCUGAAGAUAGUUUGCUUGUCCUGCUCACCUGUAUGUAUGGUACCCUGGUACGCUUCUACGAAGAUCUACGAGCCUGGCCAACGAGACGGCCGCGCAGGAUUCCCGUGCGCGACGAGAGAGAGAGAGAGAGAGAGAGAAGAGAGAGACCUUUCGGGCUAUCUGAUAAUGCGAAGUAUUCUGGUGCACGAGAUCGGCGGGAACGCACAGGAGAAACCACAGUGUAACCUGGAUCUAGGAUGUCCUGAGGACGAGCCUGUGAUAAUUUGCAGUAAGAAUUUAUCACUUUGGAUCAAUCGGGAUGUACAAAAUGUACACAGUUCUUCAAUUCAAUUCCGCCAAUAGAGAGUGAAAAAUGCGGACACGGGAGGCGAAGUUUCACUUACCGUUGAUGCAGAAAAACCUCAAGGGAAGAUAUAUCGCAACGAGCUGGAUCACGAGAGAUUUAAAUGGCAAACAGCGUCAGAAGGCGGCGAAGAGGAAACGGAUAAUGAGAAUAACGAUAUGGAUGAAUAGCCGUGGAAGAAUGGCGACGCGCGAAGAUACUGACCUUGCAGCCUUCGCACGUG